AUCAGUGGAAUUGUCCUGUGCCUCUUCGAGUGCUUGGUUCCAGCUAUGGAUGGAUUGAUUUGAAGUUUUUUGGGUGUUAUGUGUGACUGUGUCAGUGUUUGUGCCUAGUCGGUUAGCGUUUGAUCUGGUUAUCUGAUUUGUGUGGAGCAAAUCAGAUGGGCCAAUUCUGGGAGGCUUAAUCAUGGAAGUUUCGGACAAUUUCGAUUUCUUCGCAUUUACGAUGGGAGAGUUUUAUAAUUUGGGAUACCCAAAUGCACAUCUAGGUAACUGCGGCCUGAUGUGUUCGAGGAGUGUUAGAAUUUCAAGAUCAGGAUUCAGGGUUUGGGAAUAAAUUAUCAUUUCCUCUUUUGUCGCCCUAUGUUUGAUUUUGGGCCUCGAUGGGUAACUGUUUGAUGGGAAGGGUUCUGGUUCUAUAUUCAUCCCAGUGUGAAAAAACAAACAGAGAAAGCCAGAAUACAUUAUGGCUGUUUCAAUGAGAGAUUUAGAUCCAGCUUUUCAGGGAGCUGGACAAAAGGCUGGGAUUGAAAUAUGGCGUAUCGAAAACUUCCGCCCUGUGCCUAUCCAAAAAUCCUCAUAUGGAAAAUUUUUUACAGGCGACUCCUACGUGAUUUUGAAGACAACUGCUUUAAAAAGUGGUGCUUUGCGUCAUGAUAUCCAUUAUUGGCUUGGUAAAGAUACCAGUCAGGAUGAAGCUGGUACUGCAGCCAUCAAAACUGUUGAGUUGGAUGCAGCUCUUGGUGGGCGAGCUGUCCAGUACCGUGAAGUACAAGGCCAUGAAACUGAGAAGUUCCUUUCAUAUUUUAAACCAUGUAUUAUACCUCAACAAGGUGGAGUCUCAUCUGGGUUUAAGCAUGCUGAGGCUGAAGAGCACAAGACACGGUUGUAUGUUUGCAAAGGGAAGCAUGUUGUUCAUGUGAAAGAGGUUCCUUUUGCUCGAUCCUCACUCAACCAUGAUGAUAUCUUUAUACUGGAUACCAAGUCUAAAAUUUUUCAGUUCAAUGGUUCCAAUUCUUCUAUACAAGAAAGGGCUAAAGCAUUGGAAGUUGUCCAGUACAUUAAAGACACUUAUCAUGAUGGGAAUUGUGAGGUUGCUGCCAUUGAGGAUGGGAAAUUGAUGGCUGAUCCUGAAACUGGCGAAUUCUGGGGUUUCUUUGGUGGAUUUGCUCCACUUCCAAAGAAGACAGCUAAUGAUGAGGACAAAACUGUUGAUGUUAUUGCUACAAAACUGUUUCGCAUUGAAAAAGGGACAGCAGAACCUCUUGAAGCUGAAUCUUUGACUAAGGAGCUACUAGAUACAAAUAAAUGCUUUCUUCUAGAUUGUGGGAUAGAAGUUUUUGUAUGGAUGGGGAGAAAUACCUCUCUUGAUGAAAGAAAAAGUGCGAGUGGAGCUGCAGAAGAGCUUGUCCGAGGUCUUAAUCGCCCGAAAUCUCAUAUAAUUCGUGUAAUUGAGGGAUUUGAGACUGUGAUGUUCAAGUCAAAAUUCCAUUCCUGGCCUCUUUCUGCUGAUGUUGCCGUGUCUGAGGAUGGCAGAGGAAAGGUUGCUGCACUCUUAAAACGCCAGGGGGUUAAUGUGAAGGGUCUAUUAAAAGCUGCUCCUGCUAAGGAAGAGCCUCAACCAUAUAUUGACUGUACAGGAAACCUGCAGGUUUGGCGUGUGAAUGGCCAAGAGAAGACUCUCCUUCCAACUUGUGAUCAGUCAAAAUUUUACAGCGGAGAUUGCUAUAUCUUUCAGUAUUCUUAUCCUGGAGAAGAUAAAGAGGAAUACCUUAUAGGGACAUGGUUUGGCAAGCAGAGUGUUGAGGAAGAUCAAACUUCAGCUAUUUCACAGGCAAGCAAUAUGGUUGAGUCACUGAAGUUUUUGCCUGUGCAGACUCGCAUCUUUGAAGGAAAUGAACCGAUCCAGUUUUUUUCAAUCUUUCAGAGCUUUAUUGUUUUUAAGGGUGGUCUCAGUGAUGGAUACAAAAAACAAAUUGCAGAGCUUCAACUUCCAGAUGCAACGUAUACAGAAGAUGGACUUGCUUUAUUCCGGGUUCAAGGUUCUGGACCUGAAAAUAUGCAAGCAAUUCAAGUUGAACCAGUGGCUUCAUCUUUAAACUCCUGUUACUGCUUCAUCCUACACAAUGGCUCAACUGUCUUUACAUGGUCUGGGAACCUUACAACCUCAGAAGACCAGGAGCUGGUUGAGCGCCAGCUGGAUCUGAUAAAGCCAAAUCUGCAAUCCAAACCACAAAAAGAAGGUUCAGAAUCUGAACAAUUUUGGGAGUUGUUAGGUGGAAAAUCUGAAUACCCCAGUCAGAAGAUUGGAAGGGAUGCUGAAAAUGAUCCUCACUUAUUCUCAUGCACUUUCAAAAAAGGAGAUCUGGAGGUGUCAGAGAUAUACAACUUCAACCAGGAUGAUUUGAUGACUGAAGAUAUAUUCAUCCUGGAUUGUCACUCGGACAUCUUUGUCUGGGUUGGGCAACAGGUUGAUGCUAAGACUAGAAUGCAUGCUCUAACUAUGGGAGAGAAAUUUCUUGAACGCGAUUUUCUUCUCGAACAAUUAUCUCACGAAGCUCCAGUAUACAUUGUCACUGAAGGGUGUGAGCCACCUUUUUUCACACGUUUCUUCACAUGGGACACCGCAAAAUCUGCAAUGCAUGGAAACUCAUUCCAAAGGAAGCUUGCAAUAUUGAAAAAUGGGGGCACUCCAAAUCUAGAUAAACCCAAAAGGAGAACGCCUGUAGUGCACACAGGAAGGUCUGCCGUACCAGAUAAAUCAUCACAACGGUCCCGAAGCAUGUCUUUCAGCCCUGAUCGAGUUCGUGUGAGGGGCAGGUCUCCGGCCUUUAAUGCGCUAGCUGCUAAUUUCGAGAAUCCAAAUGCAAGGAACCUUUCAACUCCUCCCCCAGUUGUGAGAAAACUUUAUCCAAAAUCUGUUACACCAGAUUCAGAAAAAUUGGCACCCAGAUCUGCAGCCAUUGCCGCACUGACUUCAUCCUUUGAAAAAUCUCCACGAGAAACUAUUAUACCUCGUACUGUUAAAGUGAAUGUGAGCCCCGAGGCACCAAAACCAAAACCAGAGACAAACUCAAAAGAAAAAUAUAUGAGCAGUAGAAUAGAGGCUCUAACCAUACAAGAAGAUGUAAAAGAGGGUGAAGCUGAAGAUGAGGAAGGACUCCCCGUAUACCCAUAUGAACGACUUAGGAUAUCUUCAACAGAUCCUGUUACAGAAAUUGAUGUGACCAAGCGAGAGACUUAUCUGUCUUCGGAAGAAUUCAGAGAGAAAUUUGGGAUGAGAAAGGAUGCUUUCUAUAAACUACCAAAAUGGAAACAGAAUAAACUGAAAAUGGCCCUUCAGUUGUUCUAAGUCUCUUCUCAAUGGCUCCGGGUUUUGUUUCAACUACCUGAAGUUUCGGUUGCGGAGAAAGGAUGGAUGAGUAUCUUUAGGAAGUGUUGUUGAGGGACAGUACCAGUGCAUUUUUAGCUGCUUCUGCUCCCAAGAAGCCUGUUUUUGUGAUUGAUGAACACAAUCUGAAAAAUUUCCAUUUAUUUCCCCAUCUUGUGUCAUGGAUAUGUAGCAUUUUUUCUUCUCUUUUUUUUUUUUUUUGCCCCAAGUUAGUUGUUUGUAUUCUUUAUGGUCACAGGUUCGUUGUGAGGUUGCAUUUUUGACUUUAUUAUUUCAGUUAUUUAACCAUUGAUCUCAACAGAGGAUUAGGGGCUUGAGGUUGUGAACAUCCUAGGCUGUCUUGUAUGAAAGAGGAUGAAGCGUGUACAGCAGAGUGUAUAAACCAGUCACUUCUAUUUUUUUUGACAAUAAAGUGUGCUUCUUGUUUUUGUGUUAAUAA